AUGGCAGUAUGUGUUGGAGAAGAGCCGGACGCAGAUGAAGAUGACGCAGGAGGUGCCACCAAAGAGAACUCCAAAGAGAACGAGAGUCUCAAUGAAGAUAGCAACAGCAGGGAGUCCGACCCACCGUCACAGAGGUCGACCAGAGAGAUGCACAAGACGCUAUCCCGCUCGUCCACAUCACGCCGUUUGCUGCGGUCGGGCACAAAAGGCUCUCGGAGCUUCGGACACUCCAAGAGCCUGGGGCACUCCAAGAGCUUCGGGCGCUCGAAGAGCUUUCGGGAGUCCGGCGUGGGAAGGUUGGAUCAGGCUGACUUGGAGGAGCUCGCCGUCGGCCUCAAGUCGGAGGAGCACCACGAGCUCAUGGAAACACAGUCUUCUUCUGGAAUUCUGGCAGAUUUCAUUGAGCGGGAGAAGGCUAAGGACGGUCAUUGGAGGUUGACCAACGAAAGGUGGUUGUUCUAUUUCCUCGCGACCAAACCCAAGCUGUUCGUUGGCAGCGCUGCCGACCAUGCUCGGGGCAUCCUCCUGAGGGAGCAGCUUGAGUGUGACCUGAUGUCCAACAUUGUGGCCGAGCGCAAGAAGGAGGGCGUGAUGCGACCCACCGGCGUCCGAGAAUUCAUGUCACAGGCCAAGAAUGUCCUGUCCAUGAAGCGGACGCUGGGGACCAUCGCGGCGCAGGUAUCCAACUGGGAGAUGAAUAUUAAGUUGCUCGAGUGGGGCUACAAGGAGGACGACGAUGCAGUGCUGACCCGUUUGCAUGACCGACGAUUGCGGCACGAGGGCUUCUGGAGCUUGUAUCAUGACCGAGCACGCAACGACAGGCCUGCAACAGAUUUCUCGGACCCAGAACACGAGGAGUCGCAGCCGGUAGAUGAACCUGGUGGUGAAGUUGCCAAACCGGACACUUUUCAGAUCC